UUCACAUCACAAUGCACCCUUCCUGUCAGAUCCAACAGUUAUGAGCCCGGUUUGCCCAUAGCUGAAGCGGACGAUAUUCUUUGAUCAAGCUGUCGUCUCAGAGCCUUACAAGCUGUCUCAUCAGACCCCUUACAAGCUGUCUCACUAGACUCUUAUCAACCCUAUCUCCCUUCCUAGCCUAGGCUUGCAAUCUAGCUUCUUCAAGCUAGCCCUUCCAACUAGGUUAUUAACUUCCACUGUUGCUUGCAGUCAUCUAUCGCGAUGGGCGCUGCUGAUACGGAAGCCUCUUCCUGGGCCAAGCUCAAUGGGCCCAGUGACUGGAAACACUGGAUCGCCGGUAUCCGGAAAUCAGCUACUACAAAGGACGUCUGGGACCUUAUUGACCCCUUUAAGGAAAAUAAGGAACCCCUAGUCCGGCCGGUCUUUCCAACAGCUGCAGACAUCAAGCCUGAUGCAACUAGGCUGUCUGAGCUAACUCCAGAGCAAAGGAUUGACCUCAAUGGCCUCGAAAAACAGUAUCUCGAAGACGUUCGGAUCUACGAAAAACGCCAAAAGGCCCUAUCCUCUAUCCAAGACCGGAUCAUCCUGACUGUCGGCAACUACCGAGAUGUCAUCGACGACGAAGAUGACGUUGCAAAGGAACUAGCCCUCCUACGAGCCCGGAUCCAGCCAGCUACCUGGUUCCAUGAAAGAGAAGUCCUUGACCGCUAUCGAACAGCCCUCAAAGGGCCUAGCCGGACUAAGACUAAGGAUUGGGUCACAAGCUGGCAGAAGGUCCUCACAGAAGCCCGCAACCUAGGCCUUCCUGACACUAAGGGUCUCAGACCAACCCUAGAUUUCCUAGAGGCUGUCAGACCUAUAGACCUAACCUUUGCCGAUAUCUGGAUGAAUAAGAUCCAAUAUAAGGCAUCAAAGGGCAAGGCAGACUGGGAAGCGAAGAUCCCGGACGGUAUCGAGAUCAGCGAGCUGUUCGAAAAACAGGCUGCAGAAACGAAGGCACCGAGAGGGUCCUUUUCCACCUUCCAGCAAUCCGGGUCUUCUAAGUCAACCUACGGCUUGAAGACGGGCUCUUCCAGCUCAGACAGGCAGCCUAUAUCCCGGGUUUUCACACGAACGUUGUCUCGCUAG